AUGUCAAAAUAUCUUACAACUACCUUAGGUAUUGGUACAGUUGGUAUAGCUUCAUACUUUUGGGGUAAAUCAUCAAGUAGUGCACCUACUACAUCAGUUACUCAAACAGAUGUAAUUUCAUACGGGUCAAAUAAAUCAUCUCAAUCGGUAUUUGAUCCAUCAACUAUUAAUCCGUCUGGAUUUUUCAAAUAUGGUUUUCCUGGUCCAAUUCAUGAUUUAGCUAAUCGUAAUGAAUUUGUUUCUUGUUUUGAUAGACAAACUAGAAAUCCAUAUUGGGUUGUUGAACAUAUAACAAAAGAUUCAAUUUUAAGAUCUGAUUCAUCUGGUGAUCGUAAAAAUUCAAUAUUUAAAGAAGAUGAACAAGUACCAGUUAAGUUUAGAGGUAAAUUAAGAGAUUACUUUAGAAGUGGUUAUGAUAGAGGUCACCAAGCACCAGCUGCAGAUGCAAAAUAUAGUCAAUUGGCAAUGGAUGAAACUUUUUAUUUAACAAAUAUUUCUCCACAAGUUGGAGAUGGUUUUAAUAGAGAUUAUUGGGCUCAUUUUGAAGAUUUUGCAAGAAGAUUGACUAAGAAAUAUGAUAAUGUUAGAAUAUUAACUGGCCCUUUGUAUUUACCUAAAUUACAAGCCAAUGGGAAAUAUAAAGUUGAAUAUGAAGUUAUUGGAUCACCUCCAAAUAUUGCUGUUCCAACUCAUUUUUUCAAAUUGAUUGUUGGUGAAAAUAAUAAUACUGAAGGUAAAAUUUCUUGUGCUGCGUUUGUUUUACCAAAUGAUGUUAUAAAUAAUUUUACACCUUUAGCUCAAUUUCAAGUACCUAUUGAAGCUUUGGAAAGACUGAGCGGAUUAGAUUUAUUACAAAAAGUACCAUAUUAUAAUAAGAAAGAUUUAUGUAAAGAAGUCAAAUGUGAAAUUAUUGUAAGAGAUUUCAGUGAUAAAAUUGAACCACCAAAACCAUUAAUAGGAUUACCACGGAAAUAG